AUGAUCGUAACUAAAGUGUUCUUGUGCUUUGUGGUAGUUUUGUUUUCUGCACUGAAAGUGUUUGGUGUCGAGGAAAAUGGCACAAAACCUUCCUUCACCGGGUUCGGGUUCGAAAUAAUAAUGGCCAAGUUGGAAUUCCUUCAGUACAAGCUGAUCGAGAUGGAAUCUGCCAUGAAGGAAGAUCGAGAGACGAUCGCACAGAAGCUGUGUUUUACUUCUGGCCUAAAUCUUCGGAGUGUUUUGUUUCCAUCGUGCAAGAAGAACCCAUCGAAGAGAUCGGGCAAGUACUUUAUACAGCCUACUGAAAACGACGAACCAUUCCUGGGAUACUGUGAGCAGACUGCUUUCGGUGGAGGUUGGCUUGUGUUCCAGCAUCGUUACGACGGAUCGGUGGACUUUUACCGCAAUUGGACAGAGUACCGGAACGGUUUUGGAAGCGUCGAUGGAGAGUUUUGGCUCGGUUUAGAACGCUUGAAUCAGAUUACUUCAGAACGAAAGCAUGAGCUGCUUGUGGAGCUGAAAGACUUCGAAGGAAACUACAAGUACGCACGGUAUAGUGAGUUUGAGAUCGGCAGUGAGGCGGAGCAAUAUUCGUUAAAGAAGCUGGGAUCGUAUACAGGAACGGCAGGUGACUCAUUGACGUACCAUAAGGGUAUGAAAUUUACAACCAAAGAUAGGGACAAUGAUGAAAGUAGAAGUAUGAAUGGUGCUGAGAAAUAUGAGGGAGCAUGGUGGUACAAGGAAUUUCUCCUGUCCAAUCUUAAUGGACGUUAUAAGAAUGCUUGGGACUUUAAAAGCAUGUUCUGGUACAACUAUAAAUUAAAAUCUAUUGGUUUAGCAUACUCAAGAAUGUUGAUUCGGGAAACAUAACCGAUAAGGCGCUGUUGUUAGAAACAAUAUUUUACAAUAGUAAAACAGAAGCGUCUUUUGCUAAA